ACACACAAAACAGAACAACCACAUCCCUCGUGGUCUGAACACAGGCGUUCUUCAACCUCGGGGCUGCGGAGCCGCCUCUUGGCCUCUUCUUGUUCCUAUUCGUUCUCGCCUAGUAGGCUACUAGGCUGGAGCAGAACGGAGAACCAGAGACAAGGAGGUUAUUCGGACACAGAAACUCCUCUCUCGUAUCUCCCUAAACUGAUGUAGAACAGCCAUUUCAUCUUGGUCAUUUGAUGACAUCUCUCUGAAAUCGACGGAGUCAACAGAUCAAGAUGACAGAACCAUCAUCAUCAUAUUCAUUGCCCUCUAAAAAGCGACAACGCUCUCCUGAUGAUAAUGAACAUUCACUAGACAGAGGUCGAAUUUGUUUAAGCCUUGAUGAUAAUCUUACGUUCAAUGAUACCAUGAUAGCACUUCAAUUGAUGCGCACACAGUUUCCAAAGCUGGAUAAGGUUUUGGCGCAGCCAUUCAUUUUGCAGUCACAAUUGUAUAGCAGUGUGAAGGAUAGAACACAAGUUGACAGAGACUUGGAGUCAUUUAAGAAAGACAAAGUGUUACGGAUAUUCAAACUUAGUUCUGGGCAAGAUGAUCAUGCAAUCAUGUUCAUGGAUGAUUAUUUGAAACAGGUCUCUUUUGCUAUUAAACGGUCAGGGGGUAAAGACCAAGAUGGUAGUGAAGUAUUUGAGUGGUUUGAGAGAUAUGUGGUCCCUUCAAAACUGGAUGUUAGCAUAACUCAACUAGAGCUGUGCUCACUGUUAUCACAGGGUGGUGAUGUAACAGACAAACAUAUCACACUAUUGAUGAAUGCUGGUCUCUUAACUCGUCAACUUAUUGAUCCAAAUAUUUACUGGUUUUCUAUUCCAAGAAUUGGCCCCAUAUUGAAAGGCCUAUCCCAGGGCAGGAAUGAAAUUCUUUCGCUGUUGAACCGUAGAAAGUACAAGGAGAUGCCGCUUUCUUCACUGGAGAAUACAAAGUUAAGAUUAUCACCUCUUGAUACGCGGUUCCUCCUUCGCGAUUUGAUUGGAUCUGGGCACAUAAAAACAGUUCAAACGCCCACUGGUUUGCUCGCUCGCGUAUCAAGGGAUUAAUAGAGCUCUCUGUCGUAAUCCUACUUAUCUGUCUGCCUUAUCUCUUAUCUGAUCAUGCACGAUUUGGUGAUUCUAGUUUCGUUUUGCAUUUUACCUGUUUUCAAACAGCAUUCAACAUGACCCCAACUCGUCGAUAGUCUUUUUCAUUUUAAGAGGGUGGUUGGGACUCCGCUCUACGUUUUGAUGUUCCGUGGAAACUCCAGCAACUCGGUUCCCCAAAAAGCGUUUUUGAUGGAGAAAUUCGUUUUAAGAUGUAGAUGUGGAGUUCAGGGUUAAUUACCCACCAAUGUCAUUCAUUAAAUGCCAUUCAUUAUGAUGAGAAAAUAACAUUUCGUCUCAA